CGCGACUGACCUUGCACCUCCCCUAGUUUGCUAUCAGCCUAUCACUAGAUUUUUGAAUAUCAUGUCUGCACGAGACCGUCCUCAAGCACGUAUCACUUCUUACCAUGGCGCAAAGCGGAAUCUUCUCGGAAACCAAGCUGGAAAUGUGCCACCUGCAUGGCGGGAUAGCAAGGACAAGCAGAAAGAACGAGGAAGCAAGAUUCUGCUCAGCAGGCUCCCUGUAGAUGUUGGAGAAACAGAAGUCGAAGAACUGUUCAAGAAGUCCAUAGGUCCUUUGAAGGAGUGCUUUGUGAUAUACAAUACACAAGGGCGCUCGAAAGGGAUGGCGGUAAUAACGUUCCAGCGCCCAGGGGAUGCAGCCGCAGCUCGUGAGAAGUAUGACGGUAAACUCAUCGACGGCAGACGUCCAAUAAAGAUCGAAAUAAUUGUUGAUUCGGAUGAUGCCGCACGGUCUACACCUACAUCUGCAGUUCCUUCGCUACUAGGACGCAUCGGGAAUUUCGCGGGUACUCCUAAGAGUGGCCCCUUUGCUCCUCGGAGUCAAACACUGAACACAAGCGUCUCGCCCGUGCCCCUUCAAAAAAUCGUACUGUCACCGCGCACUGUUCAGACUGCUGGAACGAAAGCCGUAUCAAGGCGCCGCAGGAAGGGCCCACGACGCAUAAAUAAGUCAAAUGUUUCCAAAAAGUCAGUUGCUGAACUGGACCAGGAUAUAGAGGAAUAUAGAGCUGCCGCUGGUGGUCAUAAAGAGAGCGGUGACCAGUAGUUCAUGCGUCUUUCCCUGAGAAGUCUGGGCGAACAUAUCACCGAUCCAUCCCCCUAUAUUGUACAACUCGCUAUUCGUUUGAGAGCCGGACUAUAAUGAGAUAAUUUAAUUGGUUUCUCCAA